CCUUGCACAAAAAGUUCCUGCCCUGUCAAAAAAGUGUUAACUAAGAUAGAAUGCUUCGGUCCACUGCAGGCAGGGCUCUUUUCCGAGCAAACAGAUCUCACAACUAUAUUACACGCUCAAAUGCAUGGAAACGACACUAUGAAAUUGCAAAUCGCACAUCGUUAGGAGCUUCGCGAUCUCUGUCUCAUGCAGCAGCUUUGCGCAAUACGACGACGGAUACAGCAACAAAACACGCCCAAACGACGACAACGACCGUGCAGGGGUCCUCCCUCAAGUCAUCAACACAAAAUCGACCCGAUGUAUCCUCCUCCGCCGUCCUUGAGACCAUUGCCUCUUUUGCUGCUAAGAGCGAUGCUCGGGGUGCUGCACGUUAUUUCCAAGGUGUCCAAAAUACGCAACUUGGGGAAGAGGCACUUACUGCGGAAACAUACACGGCACUUAUUCGACUCGUUCGACAGUCGGGCGAUGUUGACCUUCGAAACACAGUUUGCCGUUGGUUCUAUUUGUCACGCGAAAAUUCACCACUUUCAAAGGCGGUCUUUAGCGAUAUCGACGUCUGGACAGAGGCUUUGAAGCUUGGACUUAAACAAGGCAAAGUGCUUUACUCGACAGAUCUUUCGAUGCUGGUUACCAAGUUUACAAGAACCUUUAAGAUGCAAGAUAUAGAGAAUGUCGACACAUUAAACAUUUUGACACGGGCAUACGGUAUUUUGGAUAAGCCCGAAUCGAUCGCACCAUGUCUCAAGGCUGCACAAAAACACGCUGUCGCUGGCAACACGGAACCAGUCGAAGCAGCUAUACUUGCAUAUGCUACAUGCGGCUGGAACACACAAGUAAAACAGCUUUUGACGACGAUUGGCGCUUCCGAAUCUUUUCUCGCGAAGCUGUCCCGGACAUAUGCAUUUAAGGGCGAUAUUGCACAGACACGCAUCUACGUUCAGCAGUCCAAAAAGCUAUCCAGCAACUAUCAAGACAACGGCACUAUUCUUUUGGCUCACAAAAGUGCCAUCGAACGCGAAUAUAUCCGGCAAAUCCAGCAUGCCUUGAAUGGUGGAUACAAUGUCAGAUUUAGAUGGAACGAGCGGCUUCGGGCGUUGCAAAAAUCGUGGGAUGCGGAAUUAGCAUUGGGCGACUCAAAUAUGAAGGAUGUGUUUCAAUGCAACUAUGCUUUGGAUUACUUAUCCAAGGCACACAUCAUGAACCCUACGGCAUAUCCUAUGGAGAAGCUGGAAUCUUUCGUUCGAGAGAAAAUGCCAACGCAAGGUGUCAAACCAAACGACUACACAUACACUAUCCUAUUGCGAACGUACAGUCGAUCGCAGCAAUACGUCGACGACGCAACGACCAACACUAGACUCAAUAAAACAUUAGACCUAUUCCAAGAAAUUCAACGCAAGGAUAAGGCAUUUGACGUCCGCAUUGGGUUCCACGCCUUGUAUAGUGCCUGCAUUCCACACCAAGGCAACAACUAUCCAUUUGACUAUUUCCUCUACUUUAACAACAUCCACAGCGGUAGCAGCAACGUGCCACGACGACUUAAUUUGGACAGACGGUUUUUUGAUAUCGAAAAGAUUAUGUUGGGCAGCAGAAUCCGGUACGACAAAAAGUCGCUGAUACUGGCAUUAACGUGUCUGGGUACGUCGGGUCAAUACCGAGCCAUGUGGAACCGAUGGCAUCUUGUAAAGCAGUCCGGUUUGAAAAGAGACAAUGCACUGUAUCGACACAUAUUCGCUUUGGCAUCAAUGAAUAAGGAGCAAUCGCAAUAUGCGCUGUCUGUUAUCAAGGAAGAACUUGUCCGAGAAUUAGCACCAAAGAGUGUGACCUGGUCUACGUAUGUUGCCAUGUUGGAUUGCUGUAUUACAGCCCAAGAUCCGAACGUCGCCAGACAAAUUCUUGCAACAAUGCCAAAAUCGUAUGGCAAUACGAGUCAACAGCAAAAGAACGAGCUGGUGGGGUACUACGAGCCAAUGUUGCGUGCUUGCACCAUGAUCAAGGGACUAGAAGCUGAGGCGGACCAACUGUUUGAACAAGUACAUUCAAAAGAAAUACCCUAUAACCACAGCUUGUGGCGGGCAGCCAUGUAUCAGGCAGUGCGACAAGGCGGUGAGAUCCGCGGCCAGAAAGUGCAGCAACUUUUCACACAGUAUACCAUGCAACGGUUUGAGCAAUUGGGCAAGAUCCCUAUUCCAAUCCGUGAAACUGCACCUGUCGCUCCGUUCCCAUCGGGCCCUUACUCGACGUUUGAUAUGCACAUGAUCGACCUCUACGUUGCAUCGUUGGUGGAUUCGCAGGAUGUUUCGCUGGCUUUGGAUGUUUUCAAGACCUUAAAGGAAGAGCAACCGGGCAAGUUGCGUCUUUCAAGUAAAACGGUGGGCGGCUUCGUACAGUUGGCUAAACGCGAGAAAAGUGACGAGGAUCUGAAGUGGCUAAAAGAGUCAAAAUAACGUGUCAAUGGUAGUACAAAAUUUGUUUCUUUCUUCUUUCUUCUCCUUUCUUCACGACCUUCCUGUAUCAUUCCUCCUACUCUUAAUAAAGGCUCUUUUUUCUUGUGC